AUGCGGGAACCGCAACUUUCUGAACUCCGUGAGGCUUUCUCCUCAGCCAUUACAAAAUUCUUCGACGACCCUCCCAAGGAUGAUGCAGCGUGGGCACAGGUAGACGGACGUUCCAAGACCCCUCUCAAGGAAGGCCUCUACAGGCUCGAAGCCGAUGGAUACGCUUUGAACGAGUUCAAAACCCUGAGGGCUCUGGGUUAUGAGAAACUCAGCAACGAGACCAUCACGUCCUGGAUGAUUGAUGAGAUCCUUCGCUUCCUCCCGAAACAUCAAAUUGAGUGUCAGAAGAUAAGUCCUGUGCUUGGCUCGAUCUCACAAAGACUCUUCGUGAUUGCGAAAAACAUCUCACAAAUGCUGCCGGGAUAUCAUGAUCCGUUGAGCUUCCCCAACUACUUACAUUACAAGCAGCUCAACCGCGAGAGGGCUGCCUUGCAGAGAUUCAAAGAUAGAACGUGCUAUGACCAUGAUACAGGCACUCCAGAACCUGUGAGCAAGAAUGCAGGUGCUCCAGAGUCCUCGGACAAGGAUGACCACUACAAGGUUCUUACAGAGCGGGUACAAGCUGUGGAGGAGAUGCUCAAAGCGAAAGAAAUCAAAUGGCGUCUUCGGUAUGAACAUGCAAUGCAGGCAUACCAGCCAACGUUUUGGGAUCUGUCCGAUGCUUCAGACUCAUCGACCGGUGUUCUCACACCUGCUUCGACCGUAUCAAACGAAUCGAGUGAUGAACGGAACAGCAUGGGAGUUGCCCAGACCGCAACCGCUCCCUUGAAGCUGCAUGUCUGUAUCUACAAUGGUGCAAUACUUCGUCAUUCACAUCAGGGAGGACUAACUUUGAGCAUACUCGUGAGAAUGCACCCCAACGCUCCGUUCAGAGACCUCACAGAGAAGCUUCGCAAGAGAUGCGGCGACCACACAUUAGCCCUGCAUAACACCCCACAUUCUCAGAUCCUUGACAGUGACACGCCAGUCUCGCUCAAGUUGAAGAACAACGCAAAGCUGGUGUAUGUCACGUUUUGCGACGAAUACAUGAUCAUCGACCUGGCCAUGGAUUGGCGAAUACAGGCAGUGUCCGAAGUUGUGAAGACGAUACCCUCUUUCCUCAACACUCUUUAUACAGGACAAUUGUUGAACGUCGAGAAUAAGAAUUUGAAAGAAACGAACGUGAACGAAUGGGAAGAUGUGGAAGACACGGACGAGGUAGCAACAGAUACGGAGGUGAGUCAUUGGGAGAAUGAGGAAGAUGAGGAUAUUGACAUUGUCGAGGUCGAGGGUGAGAUGGACGAUACGGAUGACUCUUGGAGCUUUGGUCUUGACACUCUCUCCGAAACGGAAAAUUCUCUCUCGAGCGGCACUUCCACUUCGACACGAUCUGUUCCAGCAAGCCAAGCGAGAUCUGGAAACGCAAUCAUGAGAGAGACCACCUAUGCGCCUUCCAAGCCAGAAGAUGCUAAAUCCAUUUUUGACGCCUUCUUCCUGCUUCCUACAGCUCAAGAUCCUAAGUUGCGUAUGCUGAAGAGCGUAGUCGCAGGCAGACACCAGCCAACAACCCCAUCCAACUUAGCCGAAGAGGUCAAAUAUCAGUCCACCGACGUUAACGUUCUACGAAUCGACAGGGGAGUCGACAAGCAAGAAAAGAUGCUGGUGCGAAUCCACAAGACAACCCCUUUCAGACAUCUCAAAGACAAACUGAGGAACAAGGACGAAGAUGCCUGCGAAUUGACGUUGAAGGAUCUCAGAAGAGAAUUCCCUGUGUUUGACAAGUGA